AUGAUUCCGACUCCUGAAGGUCGAGCAGCUGUUGCGAGGGAUAUCGCGUCCCUUAUGGAAACGGUUUUUAGCAACAUGGCUAGUCGCGAGCUGAUCAUCCAAUCUGCGACAAACAAACAAACAUCGAUCCAAUGUCUCGACGCUGCGAACGACGCAAUGGCCGUCGCGUUUGGUAAACUGUCCGCGGCAAUGAAGCGGGAGCGUAACGCACUCAUCCCGGCGGCUGCUCUUCCACCUGAGCUUCUCACGCGAAUAUUUGGACUGAACGAUCUAAGAUCAACGGUCGUAGCCACCGCAGUUUGCCAUCGCUGGCGGGUUACGGCAAUCUCAGCGAGCUGGCUAUGGACAUACGUCGACUUGGACACAUCCAACAUGUCGGAGGGCAUGGCUUCGCUCAUUUGUGAGAGAAGUAGAGACAUGCCAAUCGACCUACACCUUCGACUCAUCAUUCAUCGACACUGGCCAUCAAAUAGUGGACUCCCAAUAUCUCUCACAGGUUUACUCCCAAGGGUUCGCUCAAUAAGCAACCUUGCAGUAGACGAUUGGAUGUUACAGUACAUGGGUUAUACUCCCACUCCACGACUCGAGUCGUGUCAUCUUCUCCUCGGCGGUCGUCCCCUUCAUUCGUUCCUCAAACAGCAUACUUGUCUCUCCCACCUUUCUCUCGAGUUUCCUGGGACGCAGGAGACCUCUGGUGCUUUCCAUAUUCUGAGGUUGUCGGAUGCCAAAGAUACGCUUCUCGGGCUUCGCGUCCUCCAUUUGCAUAAUGUUCGAAUCAGCGCCAGUGAGCUCCACAUGAUUGUCGAGUUGACACCCAAUAUCGAAGAGCUGGCUGUCAACGACUGCAUAUCCUCGGAAUCCGAUUACCAUAUGCCACUCGACGCGUCUCACUGCUUAAGACGCUUGCGGAUUCUGUCCUUAUUGCGAUGCAGCGCAGUGUUUGCUGCGUCGUUUUUACACAAUCAGGGACCUAUCAAAGUGAGAAGUAACACCCACGUCCAACUCGGUAUAGACACAUACAAAACCCCAUCGACUUGGCCGUUACAACGAGAAGCGCAUCCGAAUACACGGUUACAUAUUCUUGAAAAGGGAAAGGUAUUCUUUUAUGAAACUGACCAAUCGCUAACUCGGAUUGUGUACACCAAAGUAUCUCCAAUUGCAUCCUUCCCCGUCGUUAACGGGCAACUCGUACGGCUGGUUGCUUUUCCAGAGUACAUAGAUCCCUCUACGAUUGAGAUGCUUGCGAUCCAUCGACUCGUACGCGUCAACUCGGAGAGCCUAUACACGCUCACCCAUCUCAAAGAGCUUCAUAUCGACUUUCAGCCCGUUUCAGUGAAUGAGCCGGACCCAGGAUUAUCGAUCAUUCUCAACCAUGGUCUUGCCGCCAGCUGCCCUCAGCUUCAUCACAUAAUGAUACGGUUUCUCAAAUCGCAUGUACAUGAUGUUACACAGGAGCAGAAACCAGAGGAUGAUCUCAGCGUCUUCCUCGACGCUUGGUUGGAGUUGCAUCGGCGGGUGUUCCCGUCGGUCCAUAUCCACGACCGGAUUCAACCAUCGAGAUGGAACGAAUACGUAGAUGUCUUUCGUGGACUUACCGGAGAGUUUAUUGUCGAUGAUAGGCGCCCGACAUGCACCUUGCCAAAGUUCCCCUCGCUCACACAAUUUAUUCCGGAUGGUUCAAGGAGGCAACCUUUGUCAUUUAGGAAUGACUAUGUAUAG